AUGACAAGACCUAUUGUUAUGCCAGACGUCUAUACUGGAGAAGAUUGGAUUGAUUGGAUUACCAAUUUUGAACUGUGUGCAAGAAUAAACGAGUGGGACAAUAAAUCAAAGUCCGCAUUCCUAGCCGUGAAGUUGAAGAAACAAGCCCAACGAGUUUAUCGAGAUCUUUCAAGUGUCGUAAAAGAGAAUUACGAUGAAUUAAAAGCUGGCUCAUGGCAACCC